CUGUGUCUAUGUACUAUAUUAUUGAUUCUGUUUCAAUGACAUUCAGCCUUGGGCGUGUUGAGGAAACAGAGCGUGUUUAGUAAACUUUUGCGACUUUUGUGAUUAUUUACUGAUUAUAUUAACGAAAUGAAUAGUGGAAUGCUAGAAAUAAACAAGAAGCCUGAAAAGGAUGGCCUGCCAGCUGCCACUUACAAACAAAUACCUGAGUCUGACUUGGAAGAAGAAGCGGUAAAGCGACCUAAAAAGACCGUCACCAAAGAGAAGAACAAUUUGGAUGGUGCUGAUGAGAAAAUGCUUCCUGGUGAAGAAAAAAAUGCUUCUGAAAAAAGUAACGUUAAUGCAAACGAAAUCAAGUUCACCGCCAACGAGAAGCAGAAUGGGGAUGCUAAACUGGACAUAGGUGAUGUAAAGGGACAGUAUGUAGGCAUGAGUAAAGAAGAAUUGAUGAAGUAUGCCAACGAUCCGUUUUGGGUUCGUCUACGUUGGUUCCUGUUCAUUUCUUUCUGGAUCCUUUGGGCUGCCAUGCUAGUAGGCGCUAUCAUGAUUAUAGUGGCAGCUCCCAAGUGUAAUCCUCCAGAACCCAGAACUUGGUGGGAACAGGGUCCUCUUACAGAAGUCAAAGAAGAAGUGACCAAACAGCAGUUACAAGCAUUAAAGGAUAAUGGAGUACAAGGAAUAAUUUUGUCAUGGUUCUCAUUCUUGGAUGCUUAUAGUUUCCUCAAUCAAUCCACAGAUUAUUUGAAAGUAGUAAAAGCAGCAAACGAACUAAACGUUAGCGUAAUCAUAGAUCUGAAUCCACUUUCUUCAACGAAGUGGUUUAGGGAUUCAGAAGGGAAAGAUGACUUUUAUACUGAUUAUUAUAUUUGGCAGAAACCUAAGGGCGUUAACGCAACUGGUAGUCCAGAACCCCCUAACAACUGGAUAUCUAAAGAAAAUCGUUCCUCUUGGGUAUAUUCUGAAGUUCGCAAGGAGUUUUAUUAUGCCCCUCAGUCUGCACCUCACUUGAAUUUCAGAAACCCAAAUGUCAUAAGAGAGUUUACAAAUGUACUUGUUGGUCUUAUUGACAAAGGUGCAAGAGGUAUAAGGCUUCAUGGAGCACCUUAUUUGCUUGUAGAUCUGAAUUUCGCAGAUGAAGCGAUAAUAGCGCCUGAAGGUUUCUAUCAUACAGAGUAUGGCUUCUAUUCUCAUACAAAAACAGAAAAUUUACAUGAAAUCGGGCCUAUUAUUAAACAGUGGCGAGACGUGAUCAGAAAUAAAACGGAAAACGGGGCCCCCUUAAUUUUGGCAGAGGAUUUGAACACUUUGGAACCUUUCAAAGUUAAUGGUAGUUUGAUCAUUGACUUGCCUAGGCAUUCUAAAUUGUUUAAUAGCAGCAGGAAAUUGUCAUCUUCAUUGUUACAUAAUGACCUCAAAUCGACGUUUACGUUGUUGGAACACAAUUGGCCAUUGUGGGAGCAAAAUAAUAACGCCUUACCAUCAGAUGUUAUGUACACUUUAAUCUCUCUUUUACCGGGUGUUCCUCUACUUCAUAACAAUGAAACUCUGGAUCCUGAACUCUUAAAAAUACGCAGCUCACCCUCAGUUCAGUACGGUACAUUUCUGAAAUACCAACUUAACAACGGUACUGUGUUUGCCUACACCAGGGUGUCACCUGGCAAUCCGGGUUACUUAGUAGCAAUAAAUCCAACUGACAGGAAAAUGGUGGUAGAUUUCCCUAAGGAAGUUCGCACUAUUUCCCAAGAAAUUACCGUUCAAUACAUCAGUAAAAAUUAUAACGAGACAGGCGUUACCCCAGAGUUAAAGAUUGAUGCCAAGAUGGUCCCAAUAUCUCCAGAAGCCGCUGGAGUAUUUACCUACAUUCCACAAAAGCCUUAAAAUGAGAGUUUAUAAAAUUGAAACUUGUGCUAUUCUCAGUUAAUAAUCGUGAAACUCUUAGGAAUGUAUUUUCUCAUUUAAUUAGUAAAGAAGUUAGAAUGCU